CUUGUUUUCGCUCCCGAGUCCGAACCCACAAUACUCCGGAGGUUGAAAUGGCGGCGGCGGCGGCGGCGGAGAUGGAGAAGCCCGUGGCGGUGCGGCGCGCGGAGGAGCUGGUGGAGAGGGAGAUGGCCGGGCGCGACGCGUCCCACGACGCCGCGCACGCGCUCCGCGUCCGCGACCUCGCGCUCUCGCUCGCCGCCGAGGAGGGCCUCUCCGCCCCCGCCCGCCUCCUCACCGUGGAACUGGCCGCUCUCCUGCACGACAUUGGAGACUACAAGUACACCAAGAACAAUGUGGAGGAUAUGAGCAUCGUCGAGAAGUUUCUUGAAGAGGUAGGAUUGGAGGAAUGGCAGAAGGAUGAAAUAGUGUCAAUUAUUAAGGGGAUGGGAUUCAAAAAUGAAGUUUCAAAGAAGUCUAUUUUUGAGCCCACUAUUGAGUUUGCAAUUGUACAAGAUGCAGAUCGCCUGGAUGCAAUUGGUGCAAUUGGUAUUGCAAGAUGCUUUACGUAUGGUGGGAGCAAGAACAGCGCACUUCAUGAUCCUAGAAUACUGCCACGUGAUAACUUGUCAAAGGAAAAGUACAUGUCCAAGGAGGAGAAACAGACAUCGAUUAAUCAUUUUCAUGAGAAGCUUUUUAAAUUGAAGGACAUGAUGAAGACAGAGGCCGGCAAAAGGAGAGCAGAGAAAAGGCAUAAGUUCAUGGAGGACUUUGUUGCUGAAUUCUAUGAAGAGUGGAGUGGCAGGGCUUGAAGUUGAACAACCAGGUUUUGAUGCUGUGUGAGAGGCUGAGAGCGGGCAGUUGGCCAACCAUAUCUCAACAACUGAUGAUGCUGUUCGUCUACCUGGCCUAUCUUCUGCUGGUGAAAUCAUGCAAAUAAAAGUGUAAAGCCUAUAAGAGUUGCUGAACAAUGAUACGGCUCUGUAAUAAGCAGUCAACCCACCUGCCUGGACUUCUGGAGUCCGUAGAUGGCGUUGGUCUGCCAAGUGCCCAAGUGCAUGGUACACUGUAAUGGGGCAUGUAGAGUAGUAAUUAGUAAAUAGUAUUGAGUCUUUUGAUCUGGAGCAAAUUUAUUCAAAGAGAUGCCGUGGCAUCUUGCUGCUCUUGUAUUGAAACAAUACUGCUAAAACAUACCGGUUACAUCAUCUGAA